AUGGGCGAUGGCGAGCCUACGCUUCUUUUGCCAGACGAGGAUUGUCCUGCCACCCAGCUGGAUGAGGAGGACGAGACUAAUGACAUAGGACAAGGUGACUAUGGCAAGACUGUUGCGAAGGCUGCAGAUUUUCCUUCACCUCCAGCAACGCCACAGCCGAGGAAGCGCAAGGGGCCGCCAUCGACAGGCCUGCCCGAUACUCCGGACAAGGCUUGCAGACGAUCGCCGAGGCUGCGGGAGCUGCAGAAGCUGCAGGCGCAGCAGCCAGAAGUGCCUGCGCCGGCGCCGCGGAGGCACCAGGCUUCAACGGGCGGCCCGAUCGUCGCAGAACCACCCCUUCGGCCGGUGAUCGCCCUGAGCGGAGUAGAGAUCGAGGCCAAUUUGCUGAAUGCGGCCCGCAGACUUGUGGAGUCUCUUGGAGGAGAGAUCACGAACACAUGGACGAUGCAGGCCACACAUUUGGUAGCCUGCCGCUUGCGCCGGACGUUCAAAGUCAUGUGCGCUCUAUGUCGCGGUGUGCCGAUUGUCAGGCCUGCCUUCAUCAAGCGCUGUGUGCAAGAAGCACGAGUGCCUGAGGUGAGGAACCAGGACCUACUGAGAGACAUCAUUGGCCAGCAGAUCUUCGCAAAGCGCUUUCUGGGGCGCUCUCAAAGUUACUCUCUUGGAGACGUACUUCAACGGGCCCAAGACGGGCCUUUGCUGGCAAAUUUCUGCGUCCAUGUUCUGCCAGAGGUGACCGCAAUGGAGCGUCCGAAGCUGCGUGCGCUCGUGGAAGCCGCCGGCGGCCAAUGGCGGGAGGAGCUGCCAACAACGGCGGGCUCCACUGGCUCCUUGCUGGUUUUUGCCGAUGCUUCGUCGCCCGCCGCCUCUGUGGCCCAGGCCGCUUCCAAAGCGGCUGGCGUCUACCAGUUGGAGGCGCUGCUUUCGGCUGCUUGCACCCAGGACCUACGGUUGCAGGCGUUCCAGAUGCCCGUGCGCCGACCAUUUCGAAGGCAUGUGUCAAAGAACGGGCUUCCUGUAAUGCUCAUGGCAAGCCCGGGUGGCCGGACUCGCUUCCGAUCUACAUGGCUGCUGGCCUGUGGUGGCCUGGGUGGCAGUCUGGCGUUUCUGCGUGGGCCAAGAGGAGUCGCCCUUCGAGCAAGAGCACGCCAAGAUGAAGCCCCUGUUCUUCAGCAUUUUAUCGCGGACUCUCCGCUUUUGCGAGGAACCAAAGUUGGGGGAGACGAUGCGCCAACUGUCUUUCUGGUGGCCCCGCCAUCAGAGCAGCUGACGAAAUACGUGCUUGAAGAUCCUGCAGGUCCUUUCAAGGGGACACUCGAGUGGCCGGAGAGGCUCUUCGAUGACGUCGAUGGCAAGAACGAGCCUGAUGUAGCAGAUCAUGCUCCAGGUUCAUGGAAGAAGUGGAGCUUUCAAUUUUCGAAGCGGGAGCCAUUUAUGCUGAAGGCAGAUUGGCACAGUGUGCACGGCUGGGGUGAGAAGUUCGACAUCUUCGUCCCGCGCAAGAAUGCUGUUGUGCCAGUGCGGCAAGCCCCUCCGCGUGUGCUGGCACUGAUUGAGGCUUUCCGCAAAGUGAACACUGUCUGCUGGCAGCAGAUCACUUCUGGUUUACAGGAGCUACAGGAGCAGAAGCCUGAUGAUAUUCUCAGGUGUCGCCUGCUCAAGAUGCUGAUAGAGGAGUUCCAGGAACGUGGCUUCUUUGGAGCAAUUGAAGCACAGGCAGGCCCAGCCCGGCGGAAGGAGAUGCACUGGCAUCGGGAUGGCGCUACGGGGCUCCUUCAUCUGGGGAUUACUUUGAGUGGGCGCCGCCGACUGCAGCUCAGAGCUCGGAGCGAAGAUGAUUCCUGGACACAAGAGUUGUGGAUGGAUGCAGGUCAUGUCUAUCUUUCCUCUCCGUUCCUCUUUGAGCACAGCAUCACUUAUGCCGCGGAAAGCAGCGACAGUGGUCCCACGCUGGCACUGAUGUGUCGCUUCGGCUUCCUGGAUGAGGAGGAUGCGCUGUGGGUGAACCAUUUCCGUGGCCGGGACAUGCUUGAAGUCGUUGAGCUCAUCAGCGGCUGCCUGCGCAAUGCCACCGACGCCGGAGAACUCCGAAUGCCAACCCUAUCGGAGGUGCGCGCCGUGGAGAGAGAGCUCGCCACGUGA